GUUGUUCUUGCCACGGCACGUAGCUAGUGGUACUUACGUACCUCGCUAAGUAGGAUUGGAUUAUCUUCUUCCUAUUUACUUUCUCCAGGUACGGUAUCGUACCAACACAACCAUUUGUGAGGCUAAAUCCUCGAAAUAAAUUUUCUCCUUCGGUUCUCGCCUUCCUCUCCGACGGCUAAAGACCCGAGUAAACGACAUGUUGAAAACAUUGAAACACUGUGGGAGUAUCGGAAAGCGAAAUACCUAUGGAUUUUAACGAUACCAAUACAAACGAUGUCACGGAAACAGGCGGGACCGCAAAUGUUCUUUUUGGUAUGAAAAGGGAAGGCCUUGCUUCAAUGGAAGAGACGCAACCUCCACUUCGGUACGUUUGCUUUCCUGUUCUUAAUUGGAAAAUGAGAUACUCUACAAUUUGAAUUGUUGUAGAACUCGAAUGAGAUCAUCUAUGGAGUGAUUUGGUAUAGCGUAUCAAAGCGCUUGACGAACCUUUAGAAAUGCUCUGGCAGACAAAACCCUUAUUAUUGCAUGACAAACUUGUGUCUCACGCUACGGUAUGCCUAUGCUGAUCUUACGCGUUCAAAUAAAAUUGGCUGUGCGAUAGCGCUGUUUCUCUGCUAGAUCGGACAACAACAGGUCUUCAAUGUUCGACAGAUUCAAAAAAUGAAGGGAAGGAGUACACAAAAAAUUCAAAGCGGAUGUCGCUUGAAUCCAAGAGUCGUUUGACCAGCAACAGAAAUGGAGCGAAGGACAUGUGGGAAGAAUGCAGCUGGAAAGUCUCAUCCUUAAGUGAAAUACCGUUAGAUUAUCCGCUUGAACGUACUCGACGAGGAAUUUGCAACGCGUCGAUCACCGAAGUAGUAAAUAGAAUUUCGAAGUGCCUUCGUUUAUUAUCUAUUGAGGCUAAAUUCGAAAAUGAAUAUGGCACAGCCAAGUGCAUUACUAGUGAUAUGGUGAGUUUUCAUAUUCAACUUUAUGCGGGAGGAUUUAAAAAUCAAGAAUCUAUCACAGUUGAGUUGCAAAGGAGAUCCGGAGAGCCGCGGUAUUUCUUGCGGGUUUGCAAUAAAAUUCUCGACGCCGCAGAUGGUGGACAAAUUCAGGAAGAAACCAUCCCAGCACGAAAGAAGGUACCUCUCUGUAUAAUGAAGAUGCCUGUUGCUAAAAUGAAAUGUAUUCAAGGCGUAAACAAACCAGAUCACUCCCAAGAACCUCGCAGAUGUAUGAACAGAUCUCUUCAGAUCCUAAGGUCAAAGGAAAAGGAUUUCGAUGUUGAGGAUUUUGAGGUAUUGUGCUUUCUCACGGAUCCUCUCAAGACACGAGCUGAUAUAGUCACUACAAUAUGCAAAGGAAUAUUACAAGACCAUCACUACUCAUUUAUUCGCGAUGCAAUCGAAAAUGCCCUUGAAACCGAUGUAGUUUUGUUGGAAGACUACGAAUCUCGAGGAAGGCUGGACGCUGGUGGCAAGCUCCGUCGUCUUGCAACAAUACUGAUGUCGAAUGUGCUAGCACAGACAUCUUCAGAUGGAUGCCUUGCCAAUGCCAUCCAAAAUGAAAAGUGGUUUGCUGAUUUUCUGAUCCCGUCCCUAUCGGACGAAGUGAAGAACUUCGAAGUAAGCUCAAAUAACGCAUACGAGGCAAUUUCUGGGUUAAAUCACAUGGCGGCAUGUUCUGAGAUUGCCAGGCAUCUAAUCAAAGAGGAGUGUUCGCUCGACGAUUUGCGAAGUGCGAAUGAUUUUGCUGUUCACAAUCACAAACUCUUAGCGUCUGAAACGAAAUUAUCUUUGGGCAUUUUGGGGUACCUUAUUUAAUUUGGACGACACGAAAUCAAGUUUCGCUUUUUUUCUCAAUUGAGCUGUGAAUUCCAAAUUGGGAAGUUUUGAAAUGAAUUUUGUGAAAGGAUUGAAGUGCACAUUCGCUGUAAAAUGUAAAUCAGUGGCUGGCCGAUUUUUUCGGUCUACCGUAUGGGCAACAAUGAGCACACGACACAUCGAACGCGUGAAUCGCUUCCUAAUGGUCCACGGGGGAUGAGCCGGCCAAGCCGCUGACGAUACCACGAGGUUGCACAAUUUUUUUACACUAGAAGAACCAAAAGAUAAAUUUUGCUUUCUUUCAACGACAAAAAUGAUCAGAGCUCAUCGGCACUUUACCGCCCUACUGGGUUACAUUGAAUUGCUCUUUCUCAGAAGGUUAGAUUAGAUUAAACUAGAUAUUACAUA